AUGGAUUCCUCGCUCUCUAACCUACUUCUCUUCAAUAACACCAUUCAACCAGAGUUGAUGCGAAGCGUGCAUGUGUACCGUGCUGAAUGUGAUGGAGAAGAAACGGAAGUUGAAAGAGAGUUUGUGUUUUCUGAGACUGCUUCCUAUGUUGAAAUGCAAGCUACUCCGAUUUUCACAUUGUUGAAAUCUUUUGUGUGUCGAGAAAUUUCUCAAGGGGAUAAGAAUGGAGUUUGGCUUUGUGUUUUUGCUUUUCAUGCUUCUAAUUCGCCUCAAUUUUCUCACAUUCCAACUCUCUUGUUGGUUACAAGAAAUCCAAAGCUUCUUGCUAUUCCAAACUUGCUUAAUGAUCUCCAAAUGAUAUACAAGUUGAACCCGAAGGAGGAACACAGUGAAAUACCAGACAACUCUACAAUGGACAAACCGAAAGGAAAUAACAAUGAAUGCCAGCCAGCAAAAAAAGUCUCGCUGGUGUUUGAACAAGAUCUCAAUUAUCUUCCUUAUGAAAAAGACGAGCCUGAGUUACUGGGUGAAGGGACAGAUUUUGAAAGUUCUUCAGGUUUUGUAGGAAAGAAAAAGAGGGCACCGAGUUACCAUGUAGCAAAAAUUACUUUAUCAGAUUUAGUCAAGUACUUUGAUAUGCCAAUUGCAGAAGCAUCAAAAAAACUAAAUGUUGGCCUGACUGUUCUCAAAAGAAAGUGCAGAGAAUUUGGCAUUCCUCGCUGGCCUCAUAGGAAGAUCAAAUCACUUGACAGCCUCAUUCAAAGUCUUCAGGAAGAGGCAAAACGUCAGGAAAUGGAGAACAAAGCUGCAGCAAUGGCAGCAAUAAGGAAGCAAAAGAUGUUGGAAAGUGAAAAGGAAAACAUAGAGAAGAAGCCUUUUAUGGAUAUAGGAAGUGAGACUAAGAGAUUCAGACAAGAUAUUUUCAAGAGAAGACACAGAGCUAGAGUGAUUGAAAAACAGAAUUCUACAGUAGCAAGCACUUAG